UCUCAACUCACCAGUCAUCGGAUGUCCACAACGGAGACACGGAGGUGAACAGUACUUUAAUUGAUUUUGAUCGCAAUAUAUUUAUAUAUUAUCUUAAAGGAUGGCUCCAACAAGGAUCAAUGACGCUGUUCAUUGGUACAUGUCAAAUCUUACUUCUCGGAUCAUAGCAAGGACUGGUAUCCCGUCUGACAGAUAUCAUAUGGGAAAAGUUAUACUGCAAUGUUUAAAAGACUAUCCCGAAGCAGUGACUCAAAUCGAUGGAGCCACUGGCGAAUCGGAAACAAACGAAACCAUUCUAGAAAGAUCCGUGAAAUGCGCCACAAGUUUUAGGAAAUUUGGUCUGCAAAGUAUGGAUGUCAUUGUACUGAUGGCACCGAAUCACAUACAUCUCUGUAUACCAUUCUACGCCGCAUUGUACACAGGAAAUGUUAUAGCCGCUGUCGAUUUUAAUUUGGGGAAAAAUGAACUACAGCAAACAUUAGCUGUUUUGGAACCGAAAAUCAUAUUCUGCCAAAGCUCGAAGGCACCGACGAUACAAUUAGCAUUAAACGAAAUUGAUUCCAAUGCAUUUAUUGUAGCUUUUGAUAAAGGCCAUUAUCUGUGUGAUUUCGACUCAUUUAUAGAUAAAUUCUAUGACGGAACUACGAUUGACGAAUUUGAACCCACAGAUUUUGAUCCCGAGGAAGCAACGGCAUUUCUGGUAUCUACGAGUGGCACCACCGGAUUACCAAAAGCAGCAGAAGUGACCCACAAAAACUUUUUAAUAUCACUACCGAAUCUUUUUUUACGUUAUACAGAGUUUCCUACACCUACGAAAAUGGCUCUGGUGGGCUCUCCUUUGCAGUGGCUGACGGCUUUGUUCAAUUAUGUUGCUUCGGCUAUAUUCAAAUACACCCGUCUGCAAUCUUCUUUGCCACUUACCAAGGAACACGCUUAUUACUUGUUCCAUACUUACAAGCCAACAUUCAGUAUUUUAAGCCCAACUCUGAUAACGUCUCUUCUUAAAAAUGAAAAUAAAUGCGACUUCUCCUCCUUUGAAUUCAUAAUGUUGGGAGGAAGCGCGGUGCCAGCGUCUCUUAUUGAAGAAAUAAAGAAUUUGUCACCAAAUACAGAGGUGAUUAAUGUUUACGGUAUGAGUGAGAUUAGCAGUAUCGCAUUUAUGGGAGAUUACGGUCCACCCGAUUCAUGUGGUCGUCCGCUAGGGGUUUUCUACUAUCGUUUAAUUGAUACGGAAACCCAAGAAGAUAUCUUAGAACCCAACAGGCCUGGCGAAUUGUGGGUUAAAGGUCCCUCUGUGUUUAAGGGAUAUUAUAAAAAUAAGGAAGCCACUGAAGAAGCAUUCGCAGAAGACGGCUGGUUUAAAACUGGAGACAUGUUUUACAGAGAUGAGAAUUGGAAUUAUUAUUUUUUGGAACGCAUCAAAUUGCUUUUAAAAUAUAAAAGUGAUCAAAUAUCUCCAGUGGAAGUUGAGAACGUGAUAAGACAAGUACCUGGUGUGGUUGAUGUCGCUGUGGCUGGUCUGCCAGAUCCAGAAUGUGGAGAUAUACCUGUAGCCUGCGUUGUCAUUCAAAAUGGCGCUACUAUUACAGCUGACGAUAUAAAAAACAUUGUCCGAGACAAACUAUCCGAUUCAAAACAACUAAGAGGUGGAGUAAUUUUUCUGGAUAGUAUACCAAUGACAGCAUCUACAAAAGUACAUCGGAGAAAGCUGAAGGAAAUAGUUAUGAGUUCUAAAAGACUUUGAGAUAAUCGAAUAAUCUAGAUACAAUAUCAGAAGCAAUACUGUUAAUUUUGUUUUUUGACUAUCACUUCCUUUGUUUUUCAGGGCACAUAACUUAAAAUUAACAUGUUUACCGUAGCCGUCUAUAUAAAUAAUAUUAAUUAAUUUA